GAUCAGAUGCAUCUGCAGCAUUGGGUCCAGAUACUUAUCGCAUCGCUGACUCAUCUGUCUGUGUGCCAAAUCUAGACGUUGCCUUGUUGAACGGAAGCAUCAUGGCGUCAUGAGAUCUUGCCGGAAAUGCAUGUCUUUGGCCAUGACAGCCCCUCUAUCAGCGUGCGUCAAGUUGUCACAGCGUCUUAUCGGCGAUCGAAGUCGACACGUUCGAAGCUCCUAUUACCCCAUUGCUGUCGUCAGCGCGGGUCCUUUCUGCGUAAGCAAGAUGUUAGACAUGCUCUCGAAACUUCUGAUCACUCUGCUCGUCAUUCUGCGACCACUCGCGACGGCUUCGCCCUUCGUCUCGCUCAGCAGGAGCGAAUUGACCAGCCCGAUUGGGGCCGUGAUUCGAAGACAGACCCUUGAGCCUGAAUGGAUGUGCGAGCUCACUGUCGCCAAGCAGUAUAGGCCACGGGCACUUGCACUCAGCGCUGGACGACGAUCCGACGUAGCUCGCUUACGGCGACUGUGGCAUAUGAUGAAUAUGAACGCCCAAGCUAUCACUUCGUCCGUCUCGCUCAGGCUGAGCUCUUUUGCUUAUGCUGACGAUCACGCAGUACUCGCGUCUGUCGCUCAAGGCUCGUCUCUUGACUUGAUUGCGACAGGACGAGCGCUGCUGAUCGAAAGCGUCCUGCAUCUUUGUAUUCUGCCGAAUGCACUCUUGCUUGGACGAUUCAAGGCUUGUUGUAGACACGGAACGUGAGUGGGUACAGACGGACACGCAGCGCGAACAUGCAACACCGGACUUCGGGAAGCAGGAAAGGAUCGCAUCGGCGACGACGAGGUCGCGCGUCGCAUCAAGUCGGAAAAGUGGGGCUGCGGCCGCAUAGCACACGACGCUGUUAUCAGAUUGUCGAUCCUUCCCCGGCCGGUCUCGAAUUAGUCGCGGAAGCCGGAGCGCCGACGAUGGUGUAGACGACCCUGAGAUUGUAGCUGUGAUGCCAGAUGGAGCCGGUCGAGGAGGCAUCGAUGCGAGCUCGGUGCGACGGUGAAGAUGAGGAGCUCGAUGAGGGCGAUUGGGUGCAGCUGACACCACAUGGCGAGAAACGAGAUCCGCUGCACAAUCUCGCCCGAACCCGCAGCGAGGAGAGCGAUGAAGAGGCAGCACAGAUCCUCGAGGAGCUUCAGGACAUGUUCGUCAUC